AUGAUCAAUGGUAAUGGGGUGGGGAAAGUUAUAGCUUCAGAACACCCUAAUUUUCAAAAAAAUGAUCUUGUAUAUGGAUUACUGGAUUGGGCAGAAUAUACGAUUAUGAAAGGUGGAAACAUGUUACAGAAACUGGACACCUUGGAAUUUCCUUUAUCUUAUCAUCUUGGGGUUUUUGGGACUAGCGGGCUUACAGCAUAUGGAGGGCUUUUCCAAAUAUGCGAGCCUAAAAAAGGAGAAAAGGUCUUUGUUUCAGCAGCCGGUGGUUCUGUUGGCAACUUGGUUGGGCAAUACGCAAAAUUGUUUGGUUGUUAUGUUGUUGGUUGUGCAGGAACUAAACAAAAGGUAGACUUGCUCAAAGGAAAGCUUGGGUUCGAUGAUGCUUUCAACUACAAAGAAGAAACAAAUCUAACUAAUACCCUCCAAAGGUACUUCCCAAAUGGGAUAGACAUAUACUUUGACAAUAUAGGAGGAGAGAUGCUCGAGGUUGUUCUUGCCAAUAUGAACACUUAUGGAAGAGUUGCUGCAUGUGGAGCAAUUUCAGACUAUACAAAUUCAGGAAAACGAGCUACACUAAACAUGGUAGAUGUCAUCUACAAGCAAAUCAUGAUAAAGGGGUUUUUGUGUGCAAAUUUUUCCUCAAAUGAAAUCAAGGACUUCAUGUCGAUGACAACAAAUUAUGUUCGUGCUGGAAAACUAUGUGUUCUAGAAGAUAUUUCUCAUGGAGUUGAGAGCAUUCCAUCUGCUUUUAUAGGACUCUUCCAAGGUGGGAAUGUGGGAAAGAAAAUUGUGCAAAUUGCUGAGGAAUUAUAAAUUGUUUUUGUCUUGAUUAUAGUCUAUAAGCGUGCAACACCCUCAUUUUAUGUUCAAUUUAUUACCAAG